AUGACAGCUGCCGUAACCUCCUCGAAAAUGAUACUGGAAACCCACGAAAGUGGUAUCAAGCCUUAUUUUGAACAAAAGAUCCAAGAGACAGAACUAAAGAUCCGCUCCAAAACAGAGAACGUGCGCCGACUAGAGGCUCAAAGAAAUGCAUUGAACGAUAAAGUACGUUUCAUCAAGGACGAGCUACGUCUGUUACAAGAACCAGGUUCCUACGUGGGGGAAGUUAUAAAGAUUGUCUCCGACAAAAAAGUCCUUGUUAAAGUGCAGCCCGAAGGGAAAUACAUCGUGGAUGUUGCCAAAGACAUAAACGUGAAGGAUUUAAAGGCUUCCCAAAGGGUCUGCCUAAGGAGCGACUCCUACAUGUUGCAUAAGGUCCUUGAGAAUAAGGCGGACCCGCUGGUUUCAUUGAUGAUGGUCGAGAAGGUUCCUGAUUCGACGUAUGACAUGGUUGGUGGGUUGACAAAACAAAUCAAAGAAAUCAAAGAAGUCAUUGAACUGCCCGUAAAACACCCGGAACUGUUUGAAAGUCUGGGUAUUGCUCAACCAAAAGGUGUCAUCCUAUAUGGUCCACCCGGUACAGGGAAAACCUUGUUGGCAAGAGCCGUCGCUCAUCACACCGACUGUAAGUUCAUCAGAGUCAGUGGUGCCGAACUGGUCCAGAAGUAUAUCGGUGAGGGUUCCCGUAUGGUUCGUGAACUGUUUGUGAUGGCCAGAGAACAUGCUCCUUCCAUUAUCUUCAUGGAUGAAAUCGAUUCGAUCGGGUCCACCCGUGUGGAGGGCUCUGGUGGUGGUGAUUCCGAAGUCCAAAGAACAAUGUUGGAGUUGCUAAACCAGUUAGAUGGGUUCGAAACCUCCAAGAAUAUCAAAAUCAUCAUGGCCACAAACAGAUUGGAUAUCUUAGAUCCAGCGCUUUUAAGACCAGGUAGAAUAGAUAGAAAAAUCGAGUUCCCUCCUCCAAGUGUCGCAGCUAGAGCUGAAAUCUUAAGAAUCCACUCUAGAAAAAUGAACUUGACCCGUGGUAUCAACCUAAGGAAAGUUGCUGAAAAGAUGAACGGUUGUUCUGGUGCCGAUGUUAAAGGUGUGUGUACAGAAGCUGGUAUGUUUGCCUUAAGAGAAAGAAGAAUACACGUCACCCAAGAGGAUUUCGAAUUGGCUGUCGGUAAGGUUAUGAACAAGAACCAAGAAACAGCCAUUUCUGUCGCAAAGUUGUUCAAGUGA